ACAGAUGCAAAGACUAUGUAUACUUAUAAUAAAAUUCUAUCGUAAUUAUUGGAUUUAAAAUAAAAAAUCGAUAUUUAUGAAACAUUUUAUAUUGACAAUGUGUAAUAACACAAUGGAUUAUAAUUUUAAAUUAUGUUUCACUACGUUGUAGUGUUCGAAAAUUUAUCGACAGAUAAUAAUUCAUGAGUUUCAUUGUUAUUUUUAACUACUUUAUCGCAGGUUAUGUCAACGACAUCUUGCGGCGGCUUGAUGAACUAUUUGCGGAUAUUACCAUUUAUCGGUAAUAUAAAAUAUAACGAGUCGUUAUCGACGACUCACUGUAAUCAUAUUUAUGUACUGACAUUUGUAUUUUCUUUCCUAAACUUAGAGGAGUGUGUAAACGAAGUUAGUUUUAUUUUUGUAGAUACCUUGUCAGUAGAAACUUUUAACAGUGAGGAUAUGAAUUGUCUAUUAAAAUUGUGAAUAAAAUUUUAUGUUUUAGAAGAUAUGUACAUUGUUUUCAUAUCACAACUAAUCAUUUGUACAUUGAAUAAAUUCAUCUUUUGAAAAUGUUGACAAUACAAUUCGGACAAUGUGGAAAUCAACUAGGACAUACAUUAUUUUCAAAGAUAUCAUCUGACAUGGAAUGCAUGAAUACAGGUGUAUCCCAUAAUACUAAUUAUCGAUAUUUGGAAGAUACAUUUAAUAUAUGGUUUAAUGGUAUUUCUAAACAAGGUAAACAUUUAGCAAGAGCAAUUCUUGUGGAUACAGAGCAGAAAGUAAUAAACAAAAUUUGUAACAAUCCAACUAAUCUGUGGACAUAUGAAACCAAAAAUGUAAUUUGUAAAGCUGAUGGAGGUUGUGCAAAUAAUUGGGGAUACGGUUAUUUGAUAAAAGGAUACGAGUUAAGAGAGACAAUACUAAAUUCUAUAAGGUUAGAAAUAGAGAGGACAGAUCAUUUAAAUGGAUUUCUUUUGCUUCUAAGUUCAGCGGGUGGUACAGGAUCUGGUAUUGGAAGUAACAUUGCACAACUAUUACGCGAGGAAUAUAAAACAAAACCAAUUGUUACAACAACAAUAUUACCAUUCUCAUUUGGUGAAGUGUGCACUCAGAACUAUAAUACAUUAUUUACUUUGGCAAAACUGUACAACCACAGUGACUUGAAUAUUCUAUUUGAGAAUGAACAAGUACAUAAUAUAUGUAAAAAUUUACUGAAAAAUACAGCUACAAAUUUAGAAGAUAUAAAUGAAAUUGUUUCUGAAAAAUUAUUAGCUGUUCUUCAACCAAUAAAUCAUAUAAGACAUAGUGUAAAUUCAUUGGUAUCUAAGAUAGCAUCUCAUCCUUCUUAUAAAUUAGCAACAAUUAAUAGUACUCCGCAUAUACCUAAAACAUCUUCAGAAUAUGAAUCUAUGUGUAAUUGGGAUUCAUAUGUACACCAUCUAAAACAAACACUUCGUAUAUCAAGUCUAAAUUCACAGUUAACUGAUUUUGAACUAAAAGUACCAUCCAGUUCAAGAAGUAGUACUAAACAUUAUGUUUACACCUGUUCUGUAUCAAAUAUUCUAAUAACACGUGGCCCCACAACAGAUCAAGAUUGUAUCAUAACUGAUGAAUUUAGAAAGAAACAUUUAUAUGCAAAUUGGAAUACUACUGGCUGGUUUUCCCACUUACACCAAAAACGAAAGCUCUUAAAUCACGACAAAUAUCUUGCCUUGAUUACCAAUAAUUCACAAAUUGCUCAACCUCUAGAUGUACUUUUAAACAAAUCUUGGAAGUCUUACAUUCAUGGUGCAUUUUUGCAUCAAUACAAACGGUUUGGUUUAGAAGAGGAUGACUUUUUACAAGCGUUUGCAGUAGUCGAAAAUAUUGUAAAAGAGUAUAAGGAAUUAGUUGCACAUAUAAAACAAUAAUAAACCCAUUAUUUAACCCAUUAAUUAUAAUGGUUUUAGGGAAAAUUGUAAAUAAAUUAAAUGUUUUUAUUAUCGUACCAUCGCAUAGAGGGUAAUUGCGUCGUUAUUAUGCAUACGAACGUUAAAAUAUGCAGCGACGAUAAAUAGAAAAAUAAAGGAAGACAAAAUGGGAGUAUGAAGAAAGAAGAGAGAAACGUAAUAGGUCGAGGGCGGCUUUCAGUUCAACUUGGGGAGAGUGAGAUGAAAUAGAACGAGCUGCUUUGCUAAAUACAUCCCUCCUACGAUCGUUGAAACGCGUUCUGCGCUUGUGCAAAGGGGAGACGCAAUCCGUCGAAUAAUACAAAAACAGGACGGAAAGCCCUAACCGUUUCCAAGAAAUAACGGAAAGACUUCUAGGAAUCGGAGGUCAUCUCUAUUCCCCUACUCCCAUAUUUAUCCGAGGAAAAUAGAGAGAAUGAAUUUCUUGGAAAUACUUUCACAUCCCACAUUGAUUUUGAAGAAAUAAAUUCUAUCAUACUAGUGUUACGAUUAUGUAAUUUAUAUUGGAAUUAUUGUCUGGUUAUUAUUAUAUGUGUAUAAUUAAUAUAUACUUUUGCUAACAUUGUGUACAGUACCCAUUCCGAAAAUAUUAAAUAAGAAACGUUAAAAGUGAACAUGAAUUUCUUCAAAUUCAACGCCCUGCAGUAUCUACAUAAAAUGUUUCAAGGGCAGAGUAUUAGACGCGUUAUGAAGGAGGUGGAAAAAAGGAAAUACCUAGGUGUAGCUCGGAGAAUACUACAUAAACAACGACAGAUGCACUAUCUGCACCGUUCUUUAGCAUCAGUCAAGCGUUACAGGUACAGCCACGAUUGUCAGGAACUCGUUUGCUGCCCCUUCGUCGCCCCCACUGUAAGUCCUAACUAUUGAGCACCUUUAAGAUUAAACAUAGCACCCCACCACUAAUCUCCUGGAUCCUACGAUGGUGUGUGUACCCAAAAAAAAAAAAGGAAAGGUUUACAUACAUCACUUACUUGCGUAUGUUUCAGGGUACGAAGAGUCCACAUAGAAUUCAUAAAAUCCUCUUUCCUUCUCGAUAAAACAAGAAGAUAAUACUAACAUAGCUUUGUGUUAGCGAUUUUUCAUAAUACGGGGUGGAAGGAAGUAACAUGUUGGAGUAGUGGCGCCAUCUAACGUAUUCAGGGAAGCGUACCUGUUAUAUCCCAAAUACUUCCUUCAUUUCGAAGGAUCAUUUCAAAACGCAACGAUGUUUUAGCACACUUACGAUACCAUAAUAUAGACCAAUCAAAUUAAAGAUUUUAUACAAAAAUAAACAUGU